CACACCCUCCCCGCCCCGACAUUUCGGGCGGAUGUGCUUUUUUUCCGGCCCGACGGAGCGCGACUGGGGCUAAAAGAGGACGUGUCCGGGAAAAUCCGGAUAUAUGGUACUUUAUCUUUCAGGUGGAAAUCUGUUCAGUCUGAAUCGAGAAGCUCAUCUAUUUCAUUCAACCAAAAAAUAAAUUGAGAGGAGGACAAGAUGCCAACUGUGAAAGUUUUGCAGCCUGUACUAAAAAUGAAAGUGGAUGAGCUCUUUUUGUGCUGGUUAAGUGAAACUGCAACUCAAGUGAUGCUCAAAGACUAUUUAAGAAGUAUAACCAGUGAAGAGAAGAUUGAAAUAUGUAGCGGUGAUGCUGGGAACAAUGAAAAUAUUCUUACUCAAAUUAACUGUGUCUCCAAACAAAGCAUGUUAGGCGCUCUGAUGUCUCCUUUGACUCCAACAAGCCCUACUCACCUUUCUGCGGCUCUCCCAUUCAGUACACCAACAAGUCCUAGGAGCUGUUCUGCUAUUCGAGGAAAGCGCAGAUCUUCAAACAGCAGAAGUGUUCAGUCAAAGAAAGAGGAAUCUUUAACACCAUCUCUGAGCCAAACCAUUCCAACAUUUUAUUUUCCUCAAGGAUGUCCAAAAGAAAAAGUCAACAUAGAUGCUAUUAUUGCAAAGAUAGACAGAACUUUCUCCCAGUUUCCUAAUGAGCGAGCUACAUUAGAAGACAUGGGCAAAGUUGCAAAGGCCUGUGAUUGUCCCCUUUACUGGAAAGGUCCAUUAUUUUAUUGUGCUGGAGGAGAGCGCACAGGAUUUAUAUCAGUUCAUAAGUUCAUUGCUAUGUGGCGAAAAAUAUUACAGACCUGUCAUGAUGCUGCUGCCAAGUUUGUUCACCUUCUAAAGAGUCCUGGAUGUAACUAUCUGGUGCAAGAAGACUUCAUUCCAUUUUUACAAGAUGUGGUCAAUAGUCAUCCUAGUCUAGUCUUCUUAAAAGAAGCAUCAGAAUUUCAUUCUCGGUACAUUACAACGGUAAUACAGAGGAUAUUUUAUACAGUAAACAGGUCAUGGUCAGGAAGGAUCACUUGCAAUGAACUCAGAAAAAGCAGCUUUUUACAGAAUGUGGCAUUGUUAGAAGAGGAAGUAGAUAUUAACCAGCUGACAGAAUACUUCUCUUACGAGCAUUUUUAUGUAAUUUAUUGCAAAUUUUGGGAGCUAGAUACAGACCACGAUCUUUACAUCGACCCAAAGGAUUUAGCUCGACAUAACGACCAUGCUAUAUCUAAUCGGAUGAUAGAGAGGAUUUUUUCGGGAGCUGUAACAAGGGGAAAGAAAGCACAGAGAGAAGGAAAAAUCAGCUAUGCAGAUUUUGUGUGGUUUUUGAUAUCAGAGGAGGACAAAAAGACUGCCACUAGCAUUGAAUAUUGGUUUCGGUGUAUGGAUCUUGAUGGUGAUGGUGUACUGUCCAUGUAUGAACUACAAUACUUUUACGAAGAACAGUGUCAAAAACUGGAUAAUAUGGCCAUCGAACCUCUGCCAUUUGAAGACUGCCUUUGCCAGAUGCUUGAUCUUGUGAAGCCAGAGAAUGAAGGAAAAAUAACUCUUCAUGACUUAAAGAGAUGUAAGAUGGCAAACGUUUUCUUUGACACUUUCUUCAAUAUUGAGAAAUACUUAGACCAUGAGCAGAAGGAUCAGUUUUCUGUGCUGAGGGGCACUGAAAAUGAAAAUCAAGACAUGUCUGAUUGGGAAAAAUAUGCUGCUGAAGAGUACGAUGUCCUAGUUGCUGAAGAAGCAGCCAGCGACCAAUGGAAUGAUUGUUAUGAAGCUGAACUGAUUCCUGGUGAUCAUCAAAAGACCAACAUACUAAAAUAUCAAAUGGAGAAAAGACCUUUUUUUGAUAUGCCUUCCCAUUUGGCAGAUGUUGAUUUGGAUGAUUAUGACUAUGAAGAUGAUUUUGAAUAAACUAUAUUUGUAGAAGUAUAAGGACUGUGUCUGCAGCAGGUCUGCUAAGAAAAGAGUAAAAUUGAGUUUCUUGUGCUGCAAAAUUAAUACCUUCAAAAUAUCUAAAUGGUUACAUUUGUAUGGAAUGACACUUUUUAUGUAUUUAUUCAAUAGAUUGUUGCCUAUGAGAUAUACUUAAAUUAUUUAUAGAUACUCUUCCUUUAAGGAAUUACAGUGUAUCUUGUAUAAAGUAAAUUUACUGGCUUGUUUUUUACAAGAUACUAGACUUUUUCUUUUUCUUGAUCCCUAUAAUAAUGAAGUCCUUGCUCUUGCAGUCUCCAAGCUAAAAUCUUGUAACUUUGUCAGGAUUCAAAGAGAAAAGUGUCAUGAUUGUGAAUGGAGAUCGCAGUUCAAAACUCAAUUAAAGCAUCACUGGAUAAGCUAGAUACACUGGUACAUGUAGCAAAUUAUAUCCUGCCUGAAAACAGGCUGUAAUUUUCUACCCUUUAGCAUUCAUUUUGCUCUACUGACUCCAAUUUAAAACCCGGCUUUUACUGCUCACUUAACAGUUGUGGAUAUUCUAUUCCAUGUCAAGGGAAUCAAUUGUAAGUUUUACUUGAUCUGUGAUGUGCACUAACCUUGUAUGGGCAUUUAGUGUGUUUCUUCAAUGGUUGGCUAAUGACACAUUCCAUGAAUAUUGUUACCAACAGUGUCAAAGUAGCUGAACAGUCUGAUGCUUUAUUUGCCUAUAUGAGGUGAGAGAGUGCUUAUGGGGCAAGAUAGAUGUUGCUAUUCUGGUUUUUAAAAAAGCAUAAUGUUUGUAGUGCCUUAAUUAUCCUUAUGUUCACACAAGAAACAAAAUAUUGUAAAGCACAAUUCUUGCAGUUAGGUUUUCCCAAUAAAUAAAAAGCUAUUUCGUUUGCUGUGCAGAUCUGUUAAACAUUUAAAAUAUCAUGUUCGUAUUUUCAAAUAAAGUUUUUUCAUACAUGUAAUUCAGCAGUUCCCUUCAGCAAGUUUAUUUUUCAUUUUUUAUUCAUCAGAUCAUCACAGACGUUGUUGAAAGUGACUAAAACAGCCAAUUUGAAUACCAGAAUCGUUUUCUUGAAAAAUAGCAACUUUGAAUAAUAUGAUCUUAAUAGCUGUAGACAUUUUUCAUACUUUGUAAUCUACAGUGUAGAGUGACUUCAGUUUGCCUUCCAGAAUUGGGGAUUAUAGCUUCCAGGAAUCCCAUAUUCCUCAAACAAAGCUAAAAUGUCCAAUUUCACAAUUUAGAUAUGAUUCUGAUAAAGCUAUGUGACACUGUUCAGCUGUGGAACCACAAGCCACAUUUUUAUAUUUGAGAAUCUGAAAUUAAUUGUAACACUAGUGCAAUUUAAUGAAGGCUGACAGUCUCUAUACACAAUAUUAGGAGGAUUGAAAGUUUUUUUUUUCUAUGUGUGAGGCUUCUCUUUUUCUUUCAGAGCAGGUUUUGGUGCCAUAUGAUUUCUCUUGAAUUGAUAGUUCUCUUGUGAUGAUUCCACGUACCUGCAUGCUACAUAAGUAGAACUUAAGGUGAGCUGCAAGAUGGCAUUGCAAAGCUGAGGGAAAACCAGGGGAAAAAAAUUUGUAACAGAUUUAUGUCCUGCCUUUCCCUCCAAAAUGACACUUAAGUACCAUGAUCUGCUUUUUGGCAGGAGCAUCUCUGCCUAUAAUUACCAAUUCUUUUCCUUCAUGUGGACCAUGAUCAAUAUCAAGCAUUGUUUUAGGAUUUGAACAGAUUCCUUUGAUUUUAGCUUUUUAGGGUUUUGGCUACAGGUGGAAAAUUAUAUUGCUUAGAUCCUAAGCUUAUCAACUGAAAAAGGAGAACAGCAAGGUGAGCAAUUUCUCAAGUUCGGGUCUAUCUGUCUUGAUGGAGCAGCCACUGUCAAGUCUGUUAGAAGUGACAGAUGUAUUUUGACACUAUUGGGUCUUUUCUUAUUAAAUGUGCAAACAGACACCGGCUCUGUAGCUCCAGGAAUGAACAUGCAGGUCCCAAGAGCAUUGGUGUAGUAUGAAUUUUAAAUAAUGCAAAAGUUACAAUGUUAGCUGAGGAAAAAUACUUGAACAACAAAGUAAAUUCCAGACUCAUUUCCCUUCAUCCUCACUACUCAAAACAUUACUUCUUGACAAAACACUCGUCUACGUUUCCAAAAAAGAAAGGGUUGUCGCUCAAUGGUAGAGCCUCUGUUUUGCUACUUGGCCAAUUCAGACACAGCUGGGAAAGAAUCCAGUCUGAACUACGGAGAAGCUGCUGCCUACCACACAGCCCUGUCCUUCUCAACUGUGGCAACUUCCAGUUGUGUGAAGUUCGGCUCCCAGAAUUCUCAGCAAUGACGAAGCUGGGAGUUGAAAUUCACACAUGCAGAAGCUGCAAGGACAGAAAACACAAAUGCAGAGCAUACUGAUUCAGAUGGGCCAGUUCUCUGUCUUGGUCUAGGGACAUUCUUCGGGUGCUUUUCUCAGUAGGCUUCAUAGCAUCACAUGGUUUACAAGCAUGUUGUCAAAAAACAGCCAGUGCAUGUAAGACUGCUGUAGUCUGGAGUAUAACAUUAAGCAACAAACACAAGAAACACAGAUUGUUUUAUCACUAAUGCUACACGUGUAAAUCAUAGUUGCAUCCUAUAUUGCAAUUCGCCCACUUUUUUCCUGACAUCCAUGCCUAUGCCCUUUACAUUUGUUCCCUAGUACCAUGCUGCAGAAUCUUCUUCAUUUUCCCCACUAUAAGAAAAAUGACUUGCUUAGAAAUACAAACAGAUCGCUCAGUUUAUUUUACAAACAGCUGAAUAUAAAAAUGUGAAAUAAAAUGCCUU